UCCGCAGUGCUCCUCUCUUCUUUUCGAAGUUGCGAGGAGGAAAUCUGCUGCAGAGGCGGGCAAUCGAUGCUGAACGAGUCCCGCACUGUGAUUUCGGAACUUCAGUGUCUCAGGAUUCAUGCGUUACCCUUUUUAUUCUGAAAUACUGCGCGCGUUUUCUUCAUAUUUCGGACUGGAAAUGGUGUCCGCAGGUCAAGAAUACAGAGGAGAAGAAGGCUGACGAGCUCACGUUCCGGGUCGCGUGCACUGACAAAUUUUUUCGGAUUUUUCCUGGAGCGUGAGCUAGGCAGCAAUGGUUUGGGCUCUAAGGGCUGUAGAUCCUGGCCACGUACCUUCUUCAUACUACCUCAAAUCUGCGACCACAUAUUCAGUGGGGCGGAAAGGUUGUUACAUAACUAUUCAGACGGACAAGACAAUAUCCCGAUUGCAUGCUAAUCUUAUCACUGAGGAGGCAAAGGCGCCCAAAACAGACGUAAAUGACGCAGCUAAUGUUCCACGGAUGCCAUUGAAAGUGCACGAUCUGUCGAAGUUCGGAACAUUUGUGAAUAAGCAUCCUGGCUCAAAACCACUGAACUCCGUGCCACUGUGCGAGGCUCCAUUGAACGAUGGAGACCUUAUCACAUUUGGAACGAAUAAGACAUCUUUCAGGGUGGAAUUCAUCCCCUUCUUCCUCUGUCUUUCGGGUCCACUUUUGCGUAGAGAGAAUCCAACCAUCACAUUUGCCCUCCGUCAUGGAGCCUAUGCAGUUGAGUUAUGGAAAGAAGGGUGCACUCAUGUACUGGUGGACGAAGGAUCAGCAGUCACUAAGAUGGUCAUAGCGGCCGUUGCGUUCAGUAAACCAGUACUCCAAGUUGACUGGUGGCAGAAAUUUUCAUUGGAGACAAAAGCCGUUACAGAAUUGCCGCCUUACAGCAGCUACUUACCAACCUUGGUUUUUCAAGGGACGGCGUCUUCCAUUCCCGUUAAACUUGGAUUGCCAGAAUUUCGCCAAAGCAUUUUACAGGAUUACACCUUCUUCUUGGUUCCAUUGGAUGCUUAUGAAUAUGGGGAUUAUUUGAUCCGGUUGCUAAGGUCAUCUGGUGGUACAGUGGAGUUAAUAUCAAAUACAUCAUCAACUGUAUCAAAAGGAACAAGGGAGCAACUGGUGGUGAAACCAAGAGACGGAACAUUCAAAGAAGGCUGGCCAAGCUCAGCCUUCUUAAAUAAUGUCAGACACCUACCACGGACUUCAGAAGAUAAACUAGUGCUUGCAGUGCUGGCGGGCAACGUUGGUGUUACGAGUUUGCAUUUUCCUCCAAGCCCGGUUGCGAGCGCAGAUUCGGAUGAAACCAAGGAGGAGUCAGAUGGAGAUGAGGUUGGAGAUUCUGCUGACACUCUCUCUUUCAAGGAUUUUAUACCUACGCUACCCUCCUCGCCACCAAAGGCAGGAAUGCAACCAGUAGGCACGAGUGCUCACAUCUCAAUCAAACUUGACGAAGAUGAUUCGCCUAUCGUGCAAUAUAUGCGGACAUCAAAGCGGAGUAGACAGCACGAUGAUUACAAUGCAGAGCCGGAUGGAAACACUGAAGUGCCUGAUGAAAACAAUGAAAAGCGUCAGAAAACGACUCAUCAAGAAUGUGUGUUAGAGACUCCAGGUUCAGAUUACUCACAAGAUUAUAAGCCAUUCUUGCACCCUAAAAAACCAAGCAAAGCUGCCAGCUCCGACCAAACCACAAAAGAGCGAAAACGGGCCACUAUGACAAUCGACAAGUUCUUCAGCCAACCUGAGGCAAAUAGAGCUAAGAAGUUGCACUUCACGCCUGAAAUUUCAGGUGGAAAAAUUGAUAAGGAAUUGACAAGUCGAAAUGGUGAACUUCCAUUUGUAGGUUCGAGUGCGAAGGAGCCAGAGGUCGAAAUAAAGCCAAUGGCUGCAUCUGCAAGUAAAAAACCUCCACGUUUGAAUGAGGAUUUGAGUGAAGCAGCUGAACCGCUUAUUGUUUAUAGCCAAUUGGUGGUGAGAAAAAACGCAGAGAUUGUGUCUUUUCCUACGACUCCAACUCGGGGAUCCGGUCCUAACUUCAAACGUUUCAAGAAGAAGGAACUUGGCCCUGGAGCAUCUGGAAACACAUUCGCUACUCUCGUUCCGUUUGCUAAAGAACCCUACAGGGAGUCCGAUCUGGGGCGAGAAAAGAAUGAAUUCAUGCAGGAGGAGCGAAGACGCAAAGAGUCGGAAAGAAUUGCGGACGACUUGUUUAACAAUGAAAAGAAGCGCACCACAACAUCGAAAUCUCGAGGUGGUGCAAAGAGGUGAAUCGCAUCAAUUAUGUAAGAAACAUCCUGGCUUUAUGCACAUUCGGCACUUGGGGUCAUUCCAGGAACCAAAAGGAGCACUUAAGAUUAAUUUUUUUCAUGUAAUUCUCCUAGUGUGACGAUCGUCAGUCCCAGUUCUAGCUUAAAUUUAGUUGUUUCAAUUUUUUUUUUUUCUUUUUUCUUUCUUUUUCUAUUUUCUUUCUCUCGAAGAAUUUCAGCUUUGAAUUGAAGCCACAGAGCAGUUGCCUAAAACUAGAUAGCAUGAACAAGCGGCAAAAAGGCCCUCUUUUUUAAACAAAUUUGAUGAUAGAGCAAGUUUGUACAUUGAAUGUUCGAAAUACAAAAAUAUGUAAAUUGUAUGUAUGUGACUUUAAUUGGUA